AUGCAUAAACAUUCCACUGGUCACAGGAAGGUCUCACCUCCUGGCCCAUCCUUCAUGUCCAAUGAUCAAGUUUCAUCGUACUUGAAGGACCUGCGGGCAAAUCGUCCUGCCCGUCCAACAGGAUCUCGUCCAUACCCGGGCAGAGCAGCCACAUCAACCAGCGAUCUGCCCGAUAGUCUUCCUCCAAGGGCAUCCUCGGCAUUCUCCAUGCAUAAACCAGUCGAAGAUGAAAUUGAAGAUCACCGGCGCUCAGGCAGUGCAAUGUCCCAUCGCCGGGCGAAUUCCCAUGUGCCCAGUGGCGGGGCCAUGGGUCGUCCUUUAGCUCAGGAGCCACGCACGCACUCAAUCCGGAAGAACGUGUUUCCAGCAGAAAUUCAUGCACGUACUAUUCCAAUCCCAGCAUCUCCAGCUCUGUCGUAUCGUGAAAAUGGUCAACGACGACACGAAAAGGAGGAGGCACGGGCAUUACGAGAUGCCUUGCAGAAAAUGGAUAUUGAGGACGACAUGAGUCUUCACCAAGCAGCUCAGGAUGAGGCCACAGAGCUAGUUUGGAUGCAUCAAAAUCCUGGUCAAGCUUUCAAAAACCCUUAUGCGCCAUACAAAAAUCCUGAUGCCAACAGGCGCAGCCAGAGCCCUGUCCGAAAUGAUUCCCGAGCGUAUAACCCCUCGACAAAUAGAUUUAGCCAGUCGACAGGCUCGAGUGUAUCCUCCGAUGGUAACUCUAGCCCCGAGUCGACGCGGAAACGAUCAUCUCUGGCUGGACCCUCCAAGAAGAAUCUCAAAGUUAACUUUAAGCUACCUGACGAAGAACCCGAGCAGUCUGUUGCUCCCAAAUCGCGAACUGUCAGCGGUGAUUCAUCUAAAGGAAUCUUCAGGAACCCUAGCGACCAAAUUUACGAAGAGCCCAAUAAUACUCAGAAGGAACCCGAAGCAAAACCAGACUUCUCUAAGUCUGACUCGUCGGCUUUGAAAAACAAACCACGCAACGCUCUGGGGCGUGUCCCCAAGCCAUUGCCUUGGUUGCAGAAUAGAGCUCACAGCAGCCCUGUGAUGGAUAAAAUCUCCCGGUUUGAAAUCCAGAAAAACCCUCCCACCCAGUCGCGUAACCCCGGCUACACUCGAAACGAAAGCGCUACUCCUCCUCCUACUCAGUCAAACAACGCCGGUUACACUAGAAAUGAGCGUGCAACUCCGACUCCUCCCCUUGAAGAAAAAGAUCAGUCUGUCCCCACCGAGGAUGUAAGAGAGAGACGCAGCGACGAUAUCCGCGCAGCUACCAGCAAAAAGCGAGGAGACCGCAGUGAAAAGCUACCGAUGCCUUCAGCCGUCAGUGAUCGAGUCGGACGCCCAAUCGUGAGCUUCGACCAAAGUUGGAAACCAACCGAGCAGCCGAAACCUGAGCGUCCAACCCUACCCGUGAUUGAAGUGGCAGCACCGACCAUUGAAGUCUCAGCCCCUUCAAUUGAAGUCUCAGAGCCGCCUCCAGUCCCCGUGAUCAAUUUCCCGGACAUCAAAGUACCCACUAUCUCCGAGAUAGAGGCUCCUUCCAAGCAAUCGACCAGACCGGUGCCUCAGCCGACGAGAAACAGCCCAACUAAACCGGCUUUCCCGAAAAAGCAGGGAUCUGAUUCGCAGAGCCGUUGGCACUCGCCCUAUACGCGAUCUGGUGUCCCGACUGCAAGCUGCGAGCUUUGUACGCUUUCGAUUGCCGGAAAAAUUCCCUCGAAUGUGUGGCUUUCUUACCAAGAACCGGAGGCCAGCAGAGCUGAGAGAUUAGAAACAGAGGCCACUGACCUUGAGGCCCGUGUGCCACGUUUCUACUGCCAUCUGGAUUUCCACGAGCUGUUCAGCCCCCGUUGCAAGAGCUGCAAGACCCCCAUCGAAGGAGAAGUGGUAGUGGCGUGUGGUGCCGAAUGGCAUGUCGGCCACUUCUUCUGUGCAGAGUGCGGUGAUCCCUUCGAUUCCCAGACUCCCUUUGUCGAGAAAGAUGGCUUCGCAUGGUGUCUCCGCUGCCACUCGCGCCGUACCGCACCACGUUGUCUGGGCUGCAAGCAGCAUGUCAUGGACGAGGUUGUCAUCACCGCAAUUGGUGGCCAGUGGCACGAACGCUGCUUCAAUUGUCACGAGUGUGGUGAUGGUUUUGGUCCGGAGGGCCGAUUCUUCGUUCGUGAAGGCGAGCCCAAGCGAACAGCUAAGGGCCGCAUCAUCGGUGGUCCCGUCCAAUUGGCUAUCUGUGAAAGAUGUGAAGGUAUUCGUCUCAAGGCGCCUGGGAUGUGCUAG